UAAUGGACAGAGGCAGAGGAACCGACAGUCAGUUCCUUGUGACAACACAACACACACCAUGAACACUAAGAUCUUGAUCGUGUUGGGCGUGGCAGCUCUGGCGGCAGCAGACAGCCGCAGCCGGGAAACCUUCUCGUAUGCUGCCCCUCGACGUUCCUCCUCUGAGUCUUUUGAGUCUUAUGAAUCUGGUGAGGCUCAGUACAACUUCAACUACGCCGUGAAGGACGACUCCUCUGGCAACGACUUCGGUCACCAGGAGACCCGCGACGGUGACGACACCCAGGGGUCGUACUACGUGCACCUUCCCGACGGUCGUCUGCAGACUGUGAACUACGUCGUGGACGGUGACUCAGGCUACAUUGCUGAUGUCAAGUACGACGGAGAGGCUCGCUACCCCGACUCAUAUGAGUCCUUCGAGUCCUUCGAGUCCCGGGAGGCUCCCCGCUACGCCCCUCCCAGGCCAAGAUACUUCGACUCCAACGAAUCCAAAUAAUUACCUGAGUGAUCACCUACAGGUGUGUCCAACACCCUCCUGACGAACCAUGGCGACUGUGUUGUAUUUUAUACACAGUGCAAACUGAAUAACAUCAUUUACUGUAUAUAAAUAUUUAUUUGAAUAAAUUAUUCUGCAUUCAA